GUUCUACUGCUUGAAAUAUAAAAAAAAAAUAAAUAAAAUAAAUUAAAAAUAAUAAAAAUAGCAUAAGUUAAAUUGCUUGGUUAUGAAUAAUUUAUAAGUAUGCAAAUUUGUAGUAAUUUAAAAUUAAAAGAAAAUAUUUGUGAAAAUGUUGAAAAUAACAAGAAUAGAAUAAGCAAAGUCGACUAGUGCAAGAGCGUCGUGAUCAAGCAGUUACCGCUGAGCGCGACCUCAUCAGCGACACUAAUAAAACUGACAACAAUUGCAAAUACAUAUAAAGCAACAGCAACACAAACAAAAAACCCACAAACUAUUAGGAAAAUCACAAAAAGCAACCAUUUGUGAAAUUCGCAAAAGCGCUGUGUACGAAUCAGUCCAGUUGGUUGAUGUAAAUUUAACAGUGUACAACAAAUUUAAAGCUGUGACAAGCAGCGGCAAAUAAAAUAGCAAACGAAGAAUUAGAGCCUAGCAACAGUGAAUGUGUGUUUUGCAUACUUGCAGAAGCAAUCGAUUUAAAAUAACUUCAAACAAAUAAAUACACAUAAAUAACGCAUAGAAUUUAGUAGUAAUUAAGUCGUAAGCUUAAGUGCAAAUAGGUAAAUUAAACAAAAAAACAAAACUUGAAGCAAAUUACACUAAGCCAGCCGCAUAUAAUCGAAACUAUACCUUAAACUUAAUACAAAAUCGACAAGAUUUAUAAAUUUGGAUACGGUUACUUUGCAAUAAAAUCAUUCGUCCUGGAUUAUCUGCUAAAGACAUUGCGCACUUUGAAAAACCCGAUUAUGGCCGAGAAUCAGACCGCCACGGAAGAUUCCGGUCAGCAAUCGCAACAUCAGCAGCAAGGGCAGCAGCAGCAACAACAGCCGCAGUCGCCACAGCAAGAUCAGCCACCUCCCUCUGCACUCGCAUCGCCUACAACACCGCCACAAGAGAAUAAUUCCGCAUCAUCGCCCGAAGACACCCAAACCGUUGUUGCACCCAACACCAAUCAUCAUUCGCACAAUCACAACCUCCGCAAUCAGCAUCAGCAUCAUACAAAUCAAGUGCAUCCCGAGCAAGGCCAUUCGCUUACCAUAAUGGAUCAUCAUCAAUUCUCUGAUAUGUUCAAGAGUAGCACCAUAGCAGCACAGCGCCGCAACACAAUACAGUCUCACGCUCCCAUACGUGCCGCCGGUACCACAGCGAUUAAGAAGCCGCCAUUGACUAAAAUGACAUCGCUAUCAAAUGCAAAUACCGGUGGCAGUAGUGGUGGUGGUGCGAAAGUCACCAACUCGUCGGAGAAACGUCAUCAUCACCAUCAUCCCCAGAGCGCCCAUCAUUCGUCGCUGCACCAUCAUAAUGUGAACAGCAGCAGCAGCAUGAAUCAUCAUCACCAUUCACCUUCAACGGGUGGUAGUAGUGCAGUGCAUCGUCGUACCAGUGAGAGUUUGCGUCUCAACGCCUCUGUCAGUGGUGGUAAUAAUGGCGGCAGCAGUGGUUCUGGAUCGGUCGUUAAUUCAUCCAAUACGAAUCUUUCAAAUGCGACCAGCACUAGUAGCAUUCACUCGAAUGUGACUACAAACAGUACCAGCUCGAGCACAUCGGUUGCACCACAGUCAACAGCCACUACGGCUUCGACAUCGACGAAAGUCACAUCGCCAAACAACAAUGGUGGUGGCAGUAGUUCGGCCAGCACCAAUACAAGCCGCAGUCAUCACAGUCAUGGCCAUGGAGGUGGUGGUGGUGUAAAUGGCGCUGGCGGCAAUCAGCACCAUACUGCCGCUUCACAGCCAAGCAAAAAACCAAAGACGACCUCAUCUUUUCAGAUUACUUCCGUUACUGUGGGACAUCCCAAGGUGAAUUCCGAUAAUGGCGAUGAGUCGGCUGACGACUUGGAUGAAUCCCAUACAGAUGAAUCUCAUAGUCGUGUUACCGAUCUCGAAAAUGAGACACCUUCAAUGUCAGAAGAUACAUUCUCCAAAGAGGAGGUGUAUUUCUCCAAUAACGCGUUGAGCACUACAGCACCGGUGAUACCGACCAGUUCACAGUAUGGUCUCGUUGUUGUAGAUCCCAUUGGCCCAUCGCUCGGACAGACCAUACAAAAUGUACAGGUCAAUGUUUCGGACAACAUUAUAAAUGUGGUGAGCGCUGCUGUCACACCAGGCGGCAGUAAGAAGAAGGACGACAUCAAGGAGACGCAGCAUCGUAGCGAACGUUUCAAGGUGGUUAAGAUCGAGUCGACUGAGCCGUUCCGCCGUGGACGUUGGAUGUGCAUGGACUAUCUCGAUCACUCAACUGUAGGCACCGGCGGUAAGGAGGGCGGCGGUGGCAACAAUAAUGAAAAGACUGUUUCCUCCGAAUCGGGUAGCGGCGGCAGCAGCGAACCGGCAAAGACUACACAAAGUAUGAUAAUUGGCACGGGCGCCGCACAAUUACUCGAAAAUCAUGUGGAUGGCGUUGGAAAUAGUUUGCAACUUACUACUGGGGGCGGUACUGUUGCCAAUACUGCGAAUGAUGACAACUGGAACUUUGGUGAAGGUGAUGGAAGCGUCAGCUCACCAGCUCAACAGAUGCAUCAACAAAUGUCUGCACCAUCUGGUAUUGCCACCGCACCGGCUACAGUAGUACAUGGCAUGCAACACUUUAUGUCCGAAUCAGCCGGCAUACAGCAGGGACAUACGCAACAGCAACAGCAGCAGCAACAACAACAACAGCAACAGUCACAACAAGUAUAUGCUGAUAAUGCGAAUGCCAAUAAUACAGGCGUCGGUGGAGCCACUCAGGAUGUCGUUCACGGGCAAACAUUGCCCAUGGAUUAUGCAACAGUUGUCGCACAGCAAUUGCAACAAUCGUUGCAGCAACUAAAGAAACAGGAGGAAGCGAUUGCCGCUUCCGAAGAAGCUGGUACGGUUUAUGUGCCACCACAGGCACAACAGCAACAGCCGCAACAACAACAGCCGCAGACGCUUCCUAGCAAUUUGCAGUUUCAAAACGGCAGUGUUGUUAUGUGUGACAACAAUAACGGUGCUGUUAGCAUGCAACAGGUUGAAAAUCCGCAGCAACAGUCCAUGCCAACAGCCUAUGUAGCACAACAGCAAAGUGGCAACUACAGUCAACAGCAGCAACAAAACUUCCAACCCGCUGUUACACAGCAACAACAGCAGCAGCAGCAGCAACAGCAACAGCAUCAUCAACAACCGCAACAACAACAACACCAGCCUUCUCCUCCGCAAAUGAUGGGCAACGACGCCAUGAAUAUGCAACUUCAGCAACAACAAUCAUUGCAACAGCAGCAGCAGCAACAACAACAACAAAAUCAAUCGGCUUCCGCACCGACAUCGCAAAUCGAUGGCGCAGCCACACAACCACAACAAUUCCAGUUCCAGUCACAAGCGCAGCCACAGUCGCAGCAACAGCAGCAACAACAACAACAACAAACACAUCCACCACAGUAUCAACACCAACAAUCAGCUCCAGCUGGUCAAACGAUGCCCAUCGUAACUCAAUUGACAAACUAUGAAUUGCAGCAACAGUCUGGCGGUCAGCAACAGCAACAACAUCAGCAGCUGCCACAACAAAUGCAACAAAGUGCGCCGCCGACUAUUGCUGAUCCUAAGGUUCUUGCGGCCACCAUACAGGCACAUCAUGAACAGCAGCAACAACAACAACAACCAGUAACGCUUGACAAUGUCCAAAUAACCAAUCCAACAACAAUCGCAAAUAUGCAAAACGAAACGUUGCAGUUGCAGCAACAGCAACAAAUUCAUAGUGCUAAUAAUAUGAACAAUGCUAGUGCCAAUACUAACAAUAACAAUAAUAGCAAUAAUGUUGCAACUGUGAAUACUGUCGAAGAGCCGGCACCGGUUCAACAGGCAACUCCGCCGGCACAACAACAACAACAACAACAGCAGCAGCAAGUACCACAACAAUUGCAACAGCUACCACCACAACAACAGCAACAGCCAUCACAGCAAACACAACCGAACGCAGAAACAGAGACUGAUAGCAGCAUAUCGAGUCUCUCGCAGGCCAUGUACCAUGGUAGUAAUCGUAAACGUGCCUUCAGCACACCGCACAUAACACCCGCCAUCUCCACAUUGCUCAAUAUGUCGAACAAUGAACGAGGUGUGUUUCUGCUCAAUAACAGUAACGGCAGUAAUUUUAAUAUCAACUACAAUAACAACAACAUACCAGCCGAACAGCUUGUCUACUAUAUGAAAACGGCAUCGCCACACGAUCUGGAGAAUAGCAGCGUGUCUGGCCCAUGGAUACCAGGUCGCUCCGACACCAAUAUCUAUACUAAUCUGGCGCUUGGUCACAAUCGCUAUAAAUUCUUGCCAAAUACACAAAAUUACGACGCCGCCGAAGAUGAGGAUGCAGACGACGAUGAAGCAAUCGAUCAAUUCUCACCAACUAUUUACCCAACAAGUCGCGCCAUUCCUAUACCGAUCGGUAAUAAACACAGUCCACAGCAUUUGUCAAGCGGCCAACAAACUCCACAACUGCCAACAUCACCUACACACGUAGCGCACAGCGCCAGCCCGACCACCAGCGCAUAUCCAUACUCUCCCUUCUACGGCAGCUCACCCGACUCGCAAACCACUCUUGGUGGUGGUGGUGGUGGUGUUGCUGGCGGAGGCGGCGCACAAACUCCCAUUAGAAUGGCUUACAGCUACGAUCAUGCGUUAGGUGCGAACUUCAAACGCGUGCCCACCCUGACACACCAAAGCUCACAACAACAACAGCAGCAACAGACCGUCGGACGUAUGGUGCCGCGUGCCUUAUCCCUCGAUGCUACGGGCCGGAAUGCGGCGGCGGCGUCAGCGGCUGUGAUGUUCGCCACAUCGCCGACCACAUCAUUGAACAGUGCAUCUGGAACAAGUGCAGUUGCGAUCGAUAAUAAGAUCGAGCAAGCUAUGGAUCUGGUCAAAUCCCAUCUUAUGAUAGCUGUUCGCGAGGAAGUUGAAGUACUCAAGGAGAAGAUUUCCGAGCUGAUGGACAAAAUCAAUCAACUUGAGGUUGAGAACACCAUAUUGAAAUCGAACAUGUCACAGGAGAUGUUGCAACAAUUGCAAAUGCAAACGCAGCUGCAGAUCGCCGGCAGCAACACCAGUAGCAAUGGCAGUAGUGCCGGUACACCAGCGAUCACGGCCGGCAAUACCAGCAAUGCCACAGUAUCGACCGCUAAUAUGAUUGCCGCAGCACCACAACAACAACAACAGCAGCAGCAACAGCAACAACAACAGGCUGGUACACCCACAACUGCUGCGGCCAAUGAGAGCAGCGACGCCAGCCCAGCGACCGAAACAACGGCUACAGCAGCAGCCGCAGCAGCAGCAGCAGCGACCAAUAAUGGCGCGGAAAAUGUGGCGGCCACAACAAACGGCCCAAUGUCGUCAUCCUAAACGCCGCAAUGUUGAAGCGUUAAUUGAAAAAGCUUAUAGUCGAAGCGAGGCGUAGCAUAUUAAACAAGAAAACAAAACUUUCUCGAAGCACCAGUCUGGGUAGUUGGAGUUACAUAAAUGUUAGAAUUGAAGGUGAUAUUGGUGUGUGUAUGUUGAGUGAGCGGCGGUUGGACUGCAAGUAGUGGCGUACAAAUUAAUUUAAUUUUGUUGUUGUGUAUGUGUUGGUUGUUGAGAGUCUUUGACAAAUGAAAUGCAACUAUAAUUUAGUGGCAACACAAAAAAAAUGUUUUAUUGCGCCAAAAAAGAUUCUCAUAGCCACAAAAAAAUUAAAAAAAAAUGAAAUGGCAAUGUUUGCAACUUUUGAGAAAUAUGCACAAGCGUUGUAUCGGUUAAUAUAUUUUAUAUACAUACAUAUUUAUUUUUCACAAACAAAUACUUUCCGUUUUUUAUGCAUUGCUGCAAGUUUUUCAAAACUGCAAACAUUGUGAUCCAUGCCACGGCAAUAAAAAUGUACGCUUGAAUAAUUUUUUACGCGUCCAGCGAGGCGACCAUGUAAAGCACCGUCGCCUCUCUUCAAUACAUUGUGGCUAACAUUUGCAAACCAUCACAACACCAGCCUUCUGGCAAACACACAUCACGAAAAUACCACAAACUUAAAGAAAUAAGCAACAAAACUUCAAGCAAAAAUAAAGCAAGAAACAAAACUCACUGAUAAACGUCGCCAAACAAUUGGUUGUGCGCCAAUGCUGUCAUAUGUUGCUGGCAACAUAUAGCGCUUUCAUAGCAUACCAACAAGUAUUCCCAGCUUUGUUUGAGCGACGCACCGCCGUGUGUUUGUACGCAUUAUUUUUGCAUUGCCGCAACACACACACUCAAACACUCACACACAAGCACUGGGCAACGUUUGCCCUCUAGCGACAACAUGUUGCUAACGCUGCUACAAAUGUAUUAAUAUAAAUCUGCAGCAACUAAAACAGCGCAACAUGUUGCCGCAGUGACUUCAAGCGGCAAACAAAGCGAAAUGAUCAUGUUAAAUGUGAUAUAACUCAAUUUAUAAUUAUUUCAAGCAUACAAAAAUAUGAAGUUGAGUCGAAUGGAAGCAGGAAGUGGGGGAACACAGAAGGUAGUAAGCAAAAUAUUUUAAUGUUGCUGCACGCGCUUGAAAGAGAACAAAGUGCGUUGUUGCAAACUUUGUAUCUUUGUAAAUAUGAAUGAGAGAAUAAAAUCGUUUGCAUUAUUUGCUUCAUAUUGUCAUAAUCUGUAUAUUAUUAUUGUGUUUUUUAAAUUUUAAUUUCAAGAUUUUUUACUUUUCACUGACACUUGAAAAGCGCAUAGUUAAAGCAUAAGCAAACGAUUAGAGAGGAGCAGUUUAAGAAAGUAUGAUUCAACAUAAAAUUCAUUUUUCUUUUAGUUAUUUUAGUUAAAGUUGUGUGUAAUUUUAAGUUUUGAUAUUAUUUUCCAUCCAUGUUGUAUAAUUUUUACAAAGCAGAUAAAUCACGAUGUGAAAAACCAAAAGCGAAAUAUUUGCAUAUUAGCAUUAACAAUAGAAAUAACAACAACAACAACCAUAUUGCAUGUAUUUGUAUGUAUUUCCAAAUUCAGUAAAUAUAAGCACAUUUCUUUUGGAAAAAAAUAAUAAAACUGUAAACAAGCAAAAGAUUUCAAGAAAAAUUAUAAAUAAUCAGGGAAUUAAAAAUAUGUAAAAAUUGAAAAACAAGAAAAGGUGGCAACAAAGCAAGAAGGCAAAAGGAAAGCAAAAAAACUAUUAUAUGCUGUAGCAACAUGUUGCAAGCGUUUAAAAAUACUUGUAUGCGCACGAGUAUAAAAAAGUUGUAAACAAAUUUGCAUGAUGAAAAACAAUUUGCGAACUUGAAAACUUGAAAAUAGCAAGAAAUAAAAUAUAAUAAACGCUAAAUGAAAGAAAAUGAACAGGCAAAAUGUUAAAAUAUACAGUUUAUUAAGAGAAAAAAUAUAUAAAAAAUUAAAACUAAAAAUUUAAAAUUGCAUUGGUAAAAAGUUUAACAUCUUUGCAAUCAAAGUUUUCAAAAAAGCUAAAAUUCCAAUGACAAGCAGAAAAAAAAAACAAAACCCAAUUGAUUUGAUAAAGAAAAACACAAAUUCCAAUUGAUUUGAAAAAAAAAGCACAAAUGAAAAAUUUCAUGUUAUUUGCAGUAUAAACUUAAUACAUACAUUAAACCAAUUCAUUAAUAAUAUUUUUUUAACAAAAUGCUUAAAAAAAGUUUAAAAGUGUGCAGCAAAAAGAGUAAAAUUUUUUCGCUAAAUAAUAAACAAGGCAUUCACGCUUAACGUAGUACAUUAAAAUUUUUUUUAAUUUUUUAAUAAGUUUUUUUUUAUAAAUAUCAUAAUCAUUUAAAUAAAAAAUUUACAUAUGUACGUUGCGCAGCUGAACUUGAAACAGCUUAAGAAAUCAUAUAAAUAUUGCCAUAUUUUUAUAAAUGCGAAUUUACUUAAUAAUUUUAUUAUUCAGCAAAUUGUUAAAACAAUCAAGCUGGAGACUAAAUAUUUCAAAAACUACUUUUUCAGCUAUUGCAAAUUUCAAAACUAACAGUGAAUGCCUUGUUUUAUUAAGUAAAAAAUAAAUUUUAAACCAAAACAAGUCAAGUCUUUCCAGCUGCCUACAAUUUCAGUUUUUUUUUUAAUAUUUUUCACAUUAAUAGUUUUAAAAAAUAUUAAAAAAAAAAUUUUUUUUUCCACUAGUGUUAUUAAAUAAAACACAAUUCUUAUAAUUUAAUGAAAAACAAUUGUAAUUAAAAACAAAUAUAUUUUUUUUAUUCAACUAAAAAUUUAUCCAACUAAAAUUUGCAACUGCUAUGAGCAGUCAGUAAUAUAUUAAAAGAAAUAAACAAUUUUGUUUGUACAUAUAAAAAUAAAUCUUCAAAUCAAAAAUUAUAAAAUAGCCAAUAUUAAAAUUUUGUAUAAAAAAACGAGGAAUAGUGAACAUGCUGAAAAUAUGUAAAUAACCAAAAGAUUUAAAAGAUUUAUAACGCGCUGAAGACAAAUACUUUAGCACAUAUCAAAGCCAGCCAGCAAAACUCUGUUUUAAGCAUUAUUUUUAGUCAACAUGAGUUUUACCAUUUUUUGAGUUUAAAAAAAUGCAAAAAGUGACAAGUUUUGCAAAAUUUUCAAAUAUUUUAUUACUAAACAAUUUUGAAACAUGUUGUGGUCUCUUUUAUUAUUUUUUUUUUAUUAUAUAAGCGCACUUUUUAAGCAAAUUUCUUAUAACACAGACUUGCGUGCUUCUCGAUUUAUGCGUACAUAACAAGAAAUUUUAAUUAUAACACUAAUAGUAUUGUAUACGAAAUCUGUUGUAAGAUUUUUGACUUGUUAACACAUACUUUUCUAUGCAUACAACUCAAGUAUUUUUGCUUUAAAACACACACACACACAUACAUGAAACUGUAACACAUAUGCAGUUAAUAAUAAUAAUUUUCGCUUUUGUUCAGCUACAGUUUAUAAGUUGCUAAUAACUAACAUAAAAAGAAUAAAAGUGAAAUGUAUGGAGAACUAUAAAAGCGACUGCCAGACAGCGCUCAGAAUCCUGCGGAGACUCUAAUUGUCUAAGGAUUCGCAUGCAUUAUACAUGACUGCAGCAAAAUCAACUGUAUAUAUAUAUAAAUAAUGAUUUACAAUAACUAGAAUGCAACAGUUGAAUUUGUGUAGUUCAUGUUGUUGCAUGCAUUGUGCAACAAAUGCAAAAAAUACAUAUAUAAUAAUAAAUGCUGCUUAAUAAAAUAAACUUAUAAAUUGUAGCUAAACUUUCUUUUAAUAACUUCUAUAAACUGCUGUUUGUAUGUGAAGAAAAACUGCAAGAUUACAUUAUAUAUAUAAACACACACAUACAUAAACAUUUACCUACACAUAUAAAUAACGUUACUGUAGCCACGUACCAUAUACAUAAUAAUAAAAUAUUGUUGUAGUUUAGUAGUUUUGCUUUAUUUCUAUUAUAUAAGUUUAAAUAAUAAUUUAUUGCAUAGUUUGUACGUAUGAGAAUAUUAAAAACAAUUCAAACAAAACUAUUGAAAAAUAAAUAAAUUUAAAGAAAUAAAUGGCACUGAAAGUUAUUAAAUAACAACACAAAACCUAAAUGUUGUUUGUUUUGCUGUAAAACAAGUAAAGAAAAAGACAGAGAGAGAGAGAGAGGAAGAGUAAUAGAGAAACAGAGAAA